CUAAGUUGGAUCUCCCUCCUCUCUUCCGCGAAACCUCCAUCCCGUCCAAACUAAAGGGAUGUGGAGAGUCCGGGGAAGGGGCUACUUUGGGAUCUGGUCAUUCCCCUUGAUAAUCGCCGCUGUCUGUGCGCAGAGUGCCAAUGACCCGAGUAAUAUGUCGCUGGUGAAAGAGACGGUGGACAGACUCCUGAAGGGCUAUGAUAUUCGCCUGAGACCAGAUUUUGGAGGUCCUCCUGUGGCCGUGGGAAUGAACAUUGACAUCGCCAGCAUAGAUAUGGUUUCUGAAGUGAAUAUGGAUUACACCUUGACAAUGUACUUUCAGCAAGCCUGGAGAGAUAAGAGACUGUCCUAUAAUGUAAUACCUUUAAACUUGACUUUGGACAAUAGAGUAGCAGAUCAGCUCUGGGUGCCUGACACCUACUUCCUGAACGAUAAGAAGUCAUUUGUGCAUGGAGUGACCGUCAAGAAUCGCAUGAUCCGCCUGCAUCCAGAUGGGACUGUCCUUUAUGGCCUCAGAAUUACAACCACAGCUGCCUGUAUGAUGGACCUGAGGAGGUACCCACUGGAUGAACAGAAUUGCACCUUGGAAAUUGAGAGCUAUGGAUACACAACUGAUGAUAUUGAGUUUUACUGGCGUGGGGAUGAUAAUGCUGUAACGGGAGUAACGAAGAUUGAACUUCCACAGUUCUCUAUAGUAGAUUACAAGCUCAUCACCAAGAAGGUUGUUUUUUCCACAGGUUCCUAUCCCAGGUUGUCCCUCAGCUUUAAGCUUAAAAGAAACAUUGGUUACUUUAUCCUGCAGACAUAUAUGCCUUCCAUCCUUAUCACUAUACUCUCCUGGGUCUCAUUCUGGAUUAAUUAUGAUGCUUCAGCUGCAAGAGUGGCAUUAGGGAUCACAACUGUCCUUACAAUGACCACCAUCAACACUCACCUCCGAGAGACACUCCCCAAAAUCCCCUAUGUGAAGGCCAUUGACAUGUACCUGAUGGGGUGCUUUGUCUUUGUUUUCAUGGCCCUUCUGGAGUACGCUUUGGUCAACUACAUCUUCUUUGGGAGGGGACCCCAACGCCAAAAGAAAGCAGCUGAGAAGGCUGCAAGUGCCAACAAUGAGAAGAUGCGCCUGGAUGUCAACAAGAUUUUUUAUAAAGAUAUUAAACAAAAUGGGACCCAAUAUCGAUCCUUGUGGGACCCUACUGGAAACCUCUCCCCAACUAGACGGACUACCAAUUACGAUUUCUCUCUGUAUACGAUGGACCCCCAUGAAAACAUCUUGCUGAGCACCCUUGAGAUAAAAAACGAAAUGGCCACAUCGGAGGCAGUAAUGGGACUUGGAGACCCAAGGAGCACCAUGCUGGCCUAUGAUGCCUCCAGCAUCCAAUACCGGAAAGCUGGGUUGCCCAGGCAUAGUUUUGGCCGAAAUGCCCUGGAACGACAUGUGGCCCAAAAGAAAAGCCGCCUCCGGAGACGUGCCUCCCAACUGAAAAUCACCAUCCCCGACUUGACUGAUGUGAAUGCCAUCGAUCGGUGGUCCCGCAUAUUCUUCCCUGUAGUCUUCUCCUUCUUCAACAUCGUCUAUUGGCUUUAUUAUGUGAACUAAAUCAUAGUCUUCCCUGGGCAGCAAGGACUUGAUUUCUCCUUGAACCAGUUAGACAGCCUGAUGUUGGACUUGGAAAACAAAUAUCCAGGACAAAAGUGAUGCUAAAAUACCUUAGUUGCUGGUCUAUCCUGUGGUCCAUUCCAUACCAUUUGGGUUGCUUCUGCUAAGUAAUGAACACACCGAGGUCCCUGUGGUUUUCCAGUUCAAAUGCAAGUGAUUCAGACACAUGCUCGUAGAUUAGGCCUGAGUGUUCCACUUUAUGAACCAUGAAUGAGCCUGCACAGAGAGGUUUGUUGAUAGUAUUAGAAGGUAUGAUAGUAUUGUCAGUCUUUUCACUGAGAAGAAAUCAUGUCUAGAUCCUCGUCAUCUUUACUCCUAUGGUCAGUAUGCUAUUGAGAUGGCAUGGAACAAUGUUUAUGAAAAUCCUCUGCAAUGCCUUGAAAAUGCCUGAGACUUAUUGUAAACAAGUCUUAGCUGUACUGAUUAAGGUGAUGAUGAUACCACUGGAAGAUAUAUUCCCACUGAAUUCUAGAAGGUUCUCUGGUACUUCAGAUACCAUAAGGAAAUCAAGAUAGAAAUCCAAUUUGACUAGUCUUAGUCAGCUUGAACACAGAGAUAAUUAUUAUGUCUUCCAUUUUUAUAUUUAGAGAUUACAAAACUUCUGAGCAUUGUCAUACAUGGUGACCAGUGAUUAUUUUUCCUAAAAUGUUAUUUUCUAGGUGACUUAUAUAUGAGUCAACAGUCCAGAGCCAAAUAGAAAACCCAGAAAGAACUACUGAAAAAAACUACUGAAACAAAAUUCAAGCAAACUAGCAAUGUCAUCCUUCUCAAUCCUAUAUAGUAUCUGAGCUAACGUUCUGUGGUCAGUGGCAAAGGAAGAGCAAGAGAUAUUUUUCCCCACCUCACACCCUUUUGAAAAUAUAACAAAAAAGUUUUUGUUUUAGUCCUUUUAAUGAAACACAACAACAAUAUAGAAGUUGUUAUAAUUAGGCAUGAGAUUAGAAAUAUUUCAAAUAUAUUAAUACAGAGCACAAAUAAGAGAUUAUUCUCAUAUAGUUCAGUUAUCUCUACCAUAUUGCCCCAUAAAUUUUAUUUCUGAAUUUCAUAGGAUUUUUAAUAGGAUUUCAUAGGAUUAUUUUAAGGAUUUGCUAUUUCUUUAUAGGACUAAUAAUGGUCCUUUCUAGCUCCUCCUUCUAAAAUUGAUUAUAUGCUUUGGAAAUAAAGUAAGGUUUUGGAAUUAGAGUGAACGAUAUAUAUAUUUUUUUUCUUAUCCAAAAAUCAGUAUUUUUCUUUUUUAAUGACAAACAAAUUUCAAAGGCUAUGUUAGUUUGGGGGGUUAUUGAGUUUAUUUUCUGAGUAUACUUUCUUAUAAACAUUGAAACCUGCCUAAUCCAGGAAACAAGAUAAAAAAGUAUAAAAUAACAAAAAAUCCACAUUAUGAACAUUAUGAGCCUCAUUGGAUAGUACAGAAAAUGAAUGCCUGAUCAUCAUGAUUGAACAAUGUGAUAAUUUUCAUUCUGUUUCAAAAAAAUUUUAUAUACUAAUUCAUCCAUUAUUGGCCCAUAAAUGGAUUAGAAAGAGCACAUAUACUACAGUAUUUAAUUUCUGUGGAUGUAUUUUUUUAAAGAAAACUCUGAAUUUUUCAAUUUUUCUUAAAGUUUGAUUUGGUUGAUCUCUUCUUAGAGGAUGAGUUCACUUGAUUUAAUGAAAAACAGCAAGUCAUUUAAAUGAGAAUAAUGUCCCUAACAAUGCAAAGUGGCCUAGACCAGUAUUUCUUCUGGAUUUUGUGUCUGUUUCCUUCCAUGCUUGAAUCCACGGUGGAAGAAAAUAGAAUCCAGCACCUUGGAAUAUAGUAAAGUCCUGCUACUCCUCUCUUCCAGCAGCAGCAACAAAAAGGAUUUACUUUUCUAAAUUUGUACCAAGAAGGAAUGAGUCCCCUCCUCCCCCAUUAUCAUAGGAAACUCUGUUCCUUAUGUUUUGUUUAUACACUUGAACACCUCUGAGUCUGAUCUUUGGGCAGAAUCCCAAAUCUGUGUCUGGGCUCAGUAAAGAUUCCUCGAAUUUCUCCAGGGACUCCCUUCCAGUUAUUUGGGGGCAUCACACUAUUAAAAGUGCCUGUCCCUUGUUGCCAGGGGGUAAAGCUUGAGCCAACUAUAUCAGGAAGGAACAUAUCAAUAACUCAGGUGCACAACUCCCAAAUGCCAUUCUGGAAAGAUUUUUCUAGAGACAACUCAAGAGUCCACAUGUAAAAGUGGACUCUUAUUUGCAAUUGACAUAAAAGCCAUAAAAAUCCUUGAUGUUGUCAUUUAUGGUUACAACAGAAUCCUAAUGUAAGAUAGCAGAGGAAUCAGAUUCAAGUGGAGAAAAGCAGCUUUGCCCAUGACCCAGGGAUUCAUUUCUGUUCUAGAGAUACAGGAGAAAAGAGGAGAGAAAAGCAAAGAUGAGACUUCGGUUCAGAUGUCCUAGAGUAAAACUUUUAUAUUGGUAUUCAGUAAUCACAUAAGUAGAUGCAGCUUGCUCACCUUACCCAAUGAUUCAGUAGAUAAAGAAUUUUCUCUUAAGCACUAUUUUUAUUGUAGUUGAAUUGGAUUGUUCUCCCCUGAGAACAAUGGUGAGAACAAUUGAUGAAGGGCUUCGGAGGGGUGCUAGAUCUCAGAAAUCUAUGAUGACAGUCAGCUCGAUAGCCACUUGCUAAAUAUAAGGACCACUAUAGUGUGUUUUGAUCAUUCUGAUACGGUCUUAUAAUUCAUUUAUACAUAUAAAUGUCACCUUUUCUUUUGAUCAAGAAAUAGCCAGCAAUUAAGGUGUUUUUUCAUCUUAGUAAAAUUUAUAGGCAAAUUCUGAGUCUAAAAAUGCACAGUCUAAUUGAAGCAUUUGAUCUCCAUCUGUAUAUAUAUUGUACAUGACUUCUAAUAGGUAUUAAAUGCAUUUCCAGAAUUGAAAACUCAUGCAACAUAAUCAUGUGUUUGCAUAAGGAAUGUUAUCAUUCUUUCUACUGCAAUUUAAUAACAGGAAAAGACUUAAGCUGUGCCAUCUAGACCUUUUUCAUCAUUUCUUCAAAAGCAGUGCUAAGUAAAAAUAAUAAUAAUAAAUGGUUUAUGAACCAAAAAACUUUACAUUCUAGCAUUAGAAACACACACAAAAAAAAUCCAUCAGCUUACAAAAGCACAACACACAGAGAAAGUUCAGUGGAAUGCAUAAUGAGGAAAUGAACCUUGCUAAUUUUAAGCAAGACCUGCAUUACAUUGACACCUAAGAUAAUUUCCAUUUUCUAUAGGUAUUUGUGUUUCAGUUUGUGAUGACUUCAUACUCAGAACAAAAACAGCAGAACAAUCAAGAAACAGGUCUUACAUCAUAUCUACUUGUAUAUAGAUGUAUAUGAGUGUACAUAGAGAUUCAUAUCGACAUACACGCAUAUGUGUCCAUUUGUUGUGGAACAAAAGGAAUAAGCUAAUAUGUUGUAUUUCCUUCAUUAAACCCAUGUAAGAACAUUUUUAAGUUGGCAACAAACUAGGCAGCAUCUGAAACAGUAAUACAGGGUACUGAACACUUCUCUAUCAGCAGAUCAAUGCCUCCAGUUCUUACAGACCAUCGCACAGUCUGCCGCUACACUAGUACUGUACUUCGGAGCAUCGGAAAUGAACUAGUUCUUACAUCGCUUGUCCACUUGCUCUCUUUUUCACAGAAACAGUGUUGUCCAUCGGUGAUUUUAAAAAAUGUCUUAUGAAAACAGAUAAAUAUAUUUUAAAAAAUUCCUCUUAAGUGGAGGAGGAAAAUAAAAAGACAGCAACCCUAGACCCCGCCAUGUUGGUUAGGGCCCAUUUCUUAAUCAUAGCACUCAUGCCAUUUGUGAAAUGUACAGAAUCUAUGUAAUGUGAGCGAUCAUAACUUUCACUGAGUGUGUGUAAAUAUUAAAACAGAUUUCUUAAAUAUUUUUAACUUCUAAUUUGUAUUUUAUGGUAAGGCAAUGUGCUAAUUCUGUUUAUGGCUUCAGUUGGUGUGUUACUUUGUAAAUAAUUAAACCUGCCAUAAAUGAAUAGUCAAUAGAUAAAAUAACUUUAGUUUUUUUCUUAAUUUUUUCAAUUUUUUUUUACUACAUAUAGUUACUGCCGUGCCCCAGCAGAGUGAUUUAAACACCCUUUUGCAUAAAUCGUUUGGGAUCCCAGACAGAAGGGUUUCGAUUUGUUCUCUCUUUCUUUCUUUGUUUCUCUUUCUUUCCCUCUCUAUCUCUCUCUUCCCCCCUCUUAUGCACAGUUAGGCACCCUCUCACACACGUGCAUGCAUCCCCUCUAUAGAAAAGCUAUAGUGUGUAUAUAGUCAGUAUAACAGCCAGCAGAAAUGACAAUUGUCUGAAGCAGAAAUGAUCAUUGAGAAAGCGCUUUUUCUAUGCCAGAGUUAAACAAACCAAAGGUUGUAGCUUAAAUACCAGUUUUCAAAGAGUAAAAGUUUAUAACGACAUUACAGGAAAUAAAAAUGCUUAUUAUUCAUAUUGCAUCAGACAUUUGUUAAUACAAUUCAUACUAGAUUUUUUUAAAUUGAUAACAUUUUAUCCUUAGAUAGUAUUAUUCCUUUCAACCAAAGAUGCUAGAAUUAUUAAAAAACAAAAAAGGAAAGAAAAAAGGGAAUAUGUGGGGAAAAUGAAAAAAAAAAUAGACACUGCUUCACACCAAAGGUUUAAAAUCAUUUUCCAAAUGCACUAGGACUUGUAACAGUUAGAAGCCAACAGAAUGGCAGUUAAGAUUCUGCCCUAAAGAAAUCGUUAAAAGAAAAAAGCAGUAAUCUUAAACAUCUCUCUGUGGUUUGGAGAUGGAAGCAAAACAUUUAUGUAGAUAUGUGCAAGAUUCUUAUAUCAAAUUUUAAUUUGUUUUUGAGAAGUUCUCAGUGAUAAAUAUACAAAUUAUUAAAAACUGUGUAUUGUUUUGUUUUUAACUUUGAAAACCAAAAGUCUCCUGUCAUGUGUCCACUGACGUAUGCCCACAUGUGUGUUCUGGCACCAUCUGAAAUGAGUUGAUGCUUCCAUCAGCUCGUAUCUUUCCUGUUUCAGUCCAAUAAUUUGAAUUCAAUCACGGUUAUUUUCAACAUAAAUAGGAGUUGCAAAUAAUUACGAGUUCAUAACAUUUUAAAACAAAUUUUAUUUGCAUGGGUGUUUAAAUAGUUCUGUUAUGAGUAUUGUCCCUGCACAAUUAUGAAUUGUCCUUUUAUAUAAAGUGGUAUUCUAGUUUCUUCACAAUGUAGUGAGUAUCAGCCUUACUGAUUACCUUGUAGCCUUUCUUAAUAUGCACAUAAUGCACAUUUUCCAAUGGCUAGAAAAUGCAAAACACAAGUGGAUAUCAUUGCAUCUACUUUCAUGUUUUUCUAAAAACGGGACUACAAAAAAUCUCUGGGAUACAUGAGAUAGUUAAAAAAAAGAGGACUAUAAAUGAGUAGCACAUAAGAAUUAUUUUCUGGAAUUUAAACUUAAAAUCAAUUUCAGCAUGUAAAUAUAGACAAAUGUUGAAUAGUGUGUAAUUCUUGAACUAAGAAAUAUAAAUAAAACUUAAAAGGAUAUGUGUA